AUGAUGGGUCAGGUGUAUGCUCUGCUCAACGUCAAGAGAGAUUUUAUGGAUGUGUUAGAACCAGGUUACAAAGUGCCUUGCGAAAAGACAAUACUUCGACGGUUAGAAUGCUAUUUUGAGGAAGUUAAGUUGAAAAUUAAAAAAGACUUAAGCAAAGCGCAAAAAGUAUCUUUGACAACUGAUGAGUGGUCAUCAAGGGCACAAAAUAGCUAUCUUUCAGUCGAGGCGCAAUAUCUGGAUGAAAACUGCAAAAUGCAUCAUGCAACGCUUUGUAACGAAGUCCUUUUUGCAAGACCAACUGCUCUCAACAUUUCCAAUGAACUAAAAACCGUUAUCAAGGAUUGGGACUUAGAGAAUAAAGUGGAAGCUAUUGUUCAUGAUAGUGCAUCAGCAAUUAUUGCUGCUUGUAAUCUGCUACCUAAAAUACCGUAUAGUGUAAAAUGUAAUGCCCAUUUACUACAAUUAGUUGUACACGAUUGCUUUGCAGCUGUACCAGAUUAUGAAUCUUUGACAUCUAAAGGACAAGCAGUUGUUUCACAUUUUCGGAGAUCGAAUAUCGCCAGCAAUUCUUUAGCUCAACGCCAAAUUCAAAUGGAUAUGAAGAAGGAAAAAUUGAUUCAAAGUUGUAAUACUCGUUGGGAUUCUAAAUAUUUCAUGUUUGAAAGUUUAGUACAAAACAAAACUCCGAUCUCUGCAGUAUUAGCAGACAGACAAGUAACAAAAAGAGAUGUUGCACAAAAGCUAGAAAUUACUGAGAGUAACUGGGUCGACAUGGAGAAAUUAUUGGUUACGUUAAAAGCCUUUCAAGUGACAACGACUAUUUUUUGUAGCCAAACAGAUGUUACUAUUUCUGUUGUUCGCCCAGUUAUUCACUCAAUAAUCUCUAAUCAUUUAGCUACAACACCAGAAGAUAAUGCUGUUUCAAAAAAGUUUAAAAAAGAAGCAAUCUCUUCGUUAAAACGGCGAUUUCGGUUUGAAGAAAACGACUUUGAAAUAGAUAUUAUGCACAUAUCUCAAUUUUUUGAUCCAAGGCAUAAGUCUUUAUCCUGUGAGAGUGCCGAAAUGAAACAAGAAGUAGUUGAUUACGUCAAAGGACUCUUGAAUGUAGGUGAACCUAUGGAUACGGAAGACACUAAUUCACCGGUUCCAAAAUCAUCUGCCUUUGAUUUUCUUUUUGGAAGUGAAAUACCUGCAAGUAAUUGGCAGAGUCAACUACAAAUGUACAUGGCAGAACCAGAGUUAGGAAGAAAUUUGGAUCCACUACAAUGUUUUUAUCAGUUCCAGCAACUUCAGCAGCGUCAGAAAGGACUUUUUCCUCUGCUGGAAAUAUUGUCACUCCGAAUAGAAACUGUCUAG